CAAACCUGUGAACAGAAAACGUAAAAUGAGUUCCUUCGAAAAUUAUAAAAGCAGUCAACAAUUAAACUCUGCAUGAAAGUAUUCUGUCUCACAAAAUGAAAACAAAAAGUAUGGGGAUAAAAGUGAAAAACAACACUCAGAUCAUUGAGAACUUUUCAAUUUGCUUGGAAGUAUAGAGUAUGUACAUCUGGAUUCUUUUAUGGAUUAGUAAAUGCAAUCAAGGAAGCUGAGAGAAGUGAAAUGACUUGUCACAGAGAGAGGCAGUGGGGUGUGUCAGUUGAAUGUGUUUAUAAAAAUUCCCAGCCUUGAGAAGAACAUCCCGUUCCUGGGCCUGAAGAUAUUGAAACAUUAAUUACAUAAUUUAUAGUAGUGCUUUUUUCUACAAUGUCUGAAGAAGUGACUUACGCGACACUCAUGUUUCAGGAUUCUGUUGGAGAGAGAAAUAACCUGGAUAGAAAUGACCUAAGGAAAAGAGGGUAUCCAGCAUCUUCCCCCACCUGGCGUCAGGCUGCCCUGAGUCUGUUAACUCUUUGCCUGAUGCUGUUGAUUGGGCUGGUGACCUUGGGGAUUAUGUUUUUGCAGACAUCUAAUGAAAUUAACUCAGAUUCACAGAAAUUAAGUCAACUUCAAAAAAGCAUCCACCAACAGCAGGAUAAUUUAUCCGAGCAGCUGAGCAUCUACAGAAACUAUCCCACCGAGGAGGAGUUUCUCAAAUCACAGAUCGCCGGGCUAUUGAAGAGGCAGGGACAAAUGGCCGUCAGACUCUGCCAGGAGCUAAUCAUUCACACUUCAGACCACAGAUGUAAUCCUUGUCCUAAGAUGUGGCAAUGGUACCAAAACAGCUGCUAUUAUUUUGCAACCAAUGAGGAGAAGACGUGGACUAACAGUAGGAAAAACUGCAUGGACAGGAACUCCACCUUGGUGAAGAUAGAUAGCUUGGAGGAAAAGGAUUUUCUGAAGUCACAGCCAUUACCCACAUUCUCUUUCUUCUGGUUGGGCUUAUCAUGGGACCCAUCUGGAAGGAGCUGGCUCUGGGAGGAUGGCUCUGGUCCCUCUCCAUCCUUAUUCAGCACUAAAGAGUAUGCCCAGAUCAAUGGAUCCAAAGGAUGUGCCUAUUUUCAAAAAGGAAAUAUUUAUAUUUCCCGCUGCAGUGCUGAAAUUUCUUGGAUUUGUGAGAAGACAGCUGCGUUGGUGAAGAUUGAAGAUUUGGAUUAAUAUGCUUCUUCCAAAUUCACCAAGAUUUAGGGGACUUGUGGUUAAAUUCAUGUGAAGAAAGAGAAAGCUACCCUACUAGAGCUAAAAACAGAUGAAAAAAUGACUGUGUAUUUAAACUAUCAGGCAAAUAAACUUCACAGAAUGUUCUCGACUUCAUCAUCCGAUGCCUUUUGAUCUGAUGUUCUGGUUAUUGCUCGGGACCCUGGGGAAUAUC